AUGGUUUACCUUUCACUGUGUCUGUUUUUGCCGCUGUUGUGCUCCACUGACGGGGGGGCACUGCAGAAGUUUGGGGCCUUCAAUCAAACCACCUGGGUGAUGAAGAAAGUUUCCAGGAGAGAAAGCCCGACCCUGCCGCCACCGUACCUGCACCUCCCGGUGUUUGUGGACUCCAGGCUGCCGCUGGUGGAGAAGGAGCAUUUCUCUCCGGCCAGAGGCACCGGGCAUGAACCUUUACCUGAACCCGUCCGAGAGGUUCUGCUUCCGCCGGUGCGGCCCAACACGAGUCCGCCUAGCGCUUCGGGUGUUUCCGUGAAGACUUCGUGCACAUUUAACAAAAUGCGUGUGCUGGUGCCGAGGAGCGUUUUGGGCGCCAGUGAAAGACAGUCUCAGCUCAAACUGGGGACAUGCAAAGCCACUAAAUCUACAAUGAAUUAUAUUUAUUUUGAAUAUGAGCUCGAUUUGUGUGGCACCAAACGCAAGAUGAUUAAUAACCGAGUGGCCUAUUCAAACACAUUACAAUAUGACCCACCGAUGCUACAAGGACAAAUCAGACGAGCUGUGCCCUUUGUCCUACCUGUUGGAUGCUAUUAUAACAGGUACCAAUACUCCUACCAAAUCGGCUACACACCAAAGAUGCGGAUGCGCAAGGUCUUCAAACCAAUGAAGAACAGAGUCAAAUUCAUUCUGACUCCACACAAUGCUCAGUGGGAGAGGCUUUCUCCAUCAGAUCACUACGUGCUUGGAAAGCCCAUGUACUUUGAGGCCAAUGCUCCAACCAUGUCCCAAGACCAAAGACUUUACGUGCAUUCCUGUUAUGUUACUACUGAGAAGUCCCACACCUCCAUGCCACAGUUUCAGCUUGUGAACAACUUUGGGUGUAUGGUUGAAAGCAAAGAAGGUUAUUCCAGAUUCAUCCCAUACAAAAACAAUGCUGUGAGAUUCUCCAUGGAUGCUUUCCUGUUCAAGGGAAUGACAGGCCAGCUCUACAUGCACUGCACCAUGUCUGCUGGCAGUUCUGUCCCCACUCCUACAGCCAAGUCCUGCAACUACGACACAAAAGCAGAAAGAUGGGUUGAAUUGUACGGAUCAGACUCAGUGUGCGCCUGCUGCGACUCCAGUUGUAGCUCUACUGUCUCCACUGUAACCAAAAUAAUCAGCAGCCAACCAUGGACAAUAGAGCCUAUAGUGAAAUCAACCACAACCCCAACCCCAAAGAGGAAGAUGGUUUCCACCACAACAAUAACAAAAACAACAACUCCCCUGAUGAAGACGACCAAACAGGUGACUGAACGGAAGACCUCUUCAAAGCCUGAAGCAACAGCAGCGACACUGAAGGGUAAGGUGGAGGACACAGUGAGGGAGUUGGAGUGGCCGUUCGGAGGUGGAGGAGUAACGUGGGUCGAGGUGGAAGGUGAGGAGAAGCAGGUGAAGGGCUCUGCUGUUGUGGUGGAGGAGGAGGAGGAGGUGUGA